AGGCGGAGCCUCCCACGCGCACUACGUGCUCCCUACGCGCAUGCGUCCCGCCCACGCGCAGGCAGCACCUCGCCUGACUGGGUAGCGCUGCCACGUCGGGGCGGGGAAGAGCGUCGUCGCGUCCGGGUGACGUCUCCCGCGGGCGUCGGCAGGGUCGGCGGCGUCGGCAGCAGUGUCGACGGCAGCGGCGGCGGCGGGUGGGAAAUGGCGGAGUAUCUGGCCUCCAUCUUCGGCACCGAGAAAGACAAAGUCAACUGUUCAUUUUAUUUCAAAAUUGGAGCAUGUCGUCAUGGAGACAGGUGCUCUCGGUUGCACAAUAAACCGACGUUUAGCCAGACCAUCUUGAUUCAAAACAUCUAUCGUAAUCCCCAAAACAGUGCACAGACGGCUGACGGCUCACACUACCAUUGCCCUCUUGAACAUUUACCGUAACCCUCAAAACUCUUCCCAGUCUGCUGACGGUUUGCGCUGUGCCGUGAGCGAUGUGGAGAUGCAGGAACACUAUGAUGAGUUUUUUGAGGAGGUUUUUACAGAAAUGGAGGAGAAGUAUGGGGAAGUAGAGGAGAUGAACGUCUGUGACAACCUGGGAGACCACCUGGUGGGGAACGUGUACGUCAAGUUUCGCCGUGAGGAAGAUGCGGAAAAGGCUGUGAUUGACUUGAAUAACCGUUGGUUUAAUGGACAGCCGAUCCACGCCGAGCUGUCACCCGUGACGGACUUCAGAGAAGCCUGCUGCCGUCAGUAUGAGAUGGGAGAAUGCACACGAGGCGGCUUCUGCAACUUCAUGCAUUUGAAGCCCAUUUCCAGAGAGCUGCGGCGGGAGCUGUAUGGGCGCCGUCGCAAGAAGCAUAGAUCAAGAUCCCGAUCCCGGGAGCGUCGUUCUCGGUCUAGAGACCGUGGUCGUGGCGGUGGCGGUGGCGGUGGUGGAGGCGGCGGCGGACGGGAGCGUGACAGGAGGCGGUCGAGAGAUCGUGAAAGAUCUGGGCGAUUCUGAGCCAUGCCAUUUUUACCUUAUGUCUGCUAGAAAGUGUUGUAGUUGAUUGACCAAACCAGUUCAUAAGGGGAAUUUUUUUUAAAAAACAACAAAAAAAAAAACAUACAAAGAUGGGUUUCUGAAUAAAAUUUGUAGUGAUAACAGUA